AUGAUCUUGUCAAGACUAGCAGGGCUCCUUGUGAGCGCCGCCGUAUCCGUCCACGCCAUCCGCCCCAACCCUACCGAUGGCCACUGGGUUGAUGCUUUUGCAACAAUGCCCCAACUGACGGAGCCGGCCAAUCUGCCCCCAGCUCCCUUUAACCAAACUGGCGCCGUCUUUGUCAACAGCACCCUCCGUCAGAUGCUCUAUGUAACCACCGACGCGCACCAGAUUCGUCUCAAGUUCUCCAACGUCUUUGGCGGCUCCGACCUUCCCAUUACAGCCGUUACCGUUGCCCUUCCCGCAAACCAAACUGCUGGCAUCUCCCAGAUCCAGCCCAAGACGCUUCAAAAGAUUACCUUUGGCGGUGAAGAUGGCAUCACGGUCCCCAACGGCGCACUGGCUGUAUCCGACCCAAUCAACUUUGAAAUCAAGGCAGAGCAGAUCAUCACCGUGACCAUGUACCUCGCUAGCGGCCAGAAGACCAACAGCAUCACCAGCCACCCUGGCUCCCGCACCACCAGCUGGUGGCAAUUCGGCAACGCCGUCAGCGAGGCCAGUCUCAGCAUCUCCAACGCAACCACGCAAUCAGCAGCACACUGGUACUUUAUCUCGUCCAUUGAGGCCUGGGUACCCAACUGCGUCGGCUCGCUCCUCAUCAUCGGCGACAGCAUCACCGAUGGCCGUGGCUCUACAACCGACAAGAACAACCGGUGGCCCAACCAGCUCCUCACGCGCCUCCAAAAGAACCCCUCGACAAAGUCAAUCUCCAUCGGCAACCUCGCCGCAGGCGGAAACCGCAUUCUCGCCGAUGGCCUCGGCCCCAACGCCUUUGGCCGCGUCGACCGCGACGUCCUCGCCCACCCAGGCGUGCGCUACGCCAUGAUUUUCGAAGGCGUAAACGACAUUGGCACCGCGGCCCCGACCCCGGACGCCCAAGACCGCACCUACCAAGGCCUCGUGCAAGCCUACAAGCAAAUGGUGUCUCUGAUGCACUCGCACGGCAUCCCCGUCUUCGGCGCCACCAUCACGCCCUUCAGCGCCCCCGCAAACUUCACCCAGCAGCCCUACUCGAAUCCCGAGCGCGAGAAAACAAGACAGCGCGUCAACACGUUUAUCCGCUCCAGCGCCAUCUUUGACGCCGUCGUCGACUUUGACGCUUUCCUUGCUGAUCCCAAAAUCCCGUCGCAGCUUGCGCCUCAGUUCAACAGCGGCGAUUACCUGCAUCCCGGCCCCGAGGGCUAUGCCUAUCUCGCCGCCAAGUUUCCCGUCGACAUCUUUGCAAAGUGGAAAGGUGGUGCCAAUCAGUUUGUUUAGUUGGCGGUGGCGCUUGUAGACUUAUGCAUUGAUGAAUAUUACUUGUUGCUUUGCCG